GGGACCGUUCACAAGGCCCCUCCCACCUUUCCCUUGGUGCCUCCUUAAAGUCCCCUGUUCAGCCUUCCUGAAGCCAGUCUGAGAAGACCUCAGCACCAGCACCAUGCCCAUGACACUGGGAUACUGGAAUGUCCGAGGACUGACUCACCCCAUCCGCCUGCUCCUGGAAUACACAGACUCAAGCUAUGAGGAGAAGAGAUACGUGAUGGGGGACGCCCCCAACUUUGACAGAAGCCAGUGGCUGAGUGAGAAAUUCAAUCUUGGCCUGGACAUUCCCAAUCUGCCCUACUUAAUUGACGGGCCACACAAGAUCACCCAGAGCAACGCCAUCCUGCGCUACCUUGGCCGCAAGCACAACCUGUGUGGGGAGACAGAGGAGGAGAGGAUCCGUGUGGAUACUUUGGAAAACCAGGUCAUGGACACCCGCAUACAACUCAUGAUAGUCUGCUGCAGCCCGGACUUUGAGAAGCAGAAGCCAGACUUCUUGAAGGCCAUCCCUGACAAGAUGAAAAUCUACUCUGAGUUCCUGGGCAAGCGGCCAUGGUUUGCAGGGGACAAGGUCACCUAUGUGGACUUUCUCGCUUAUGACAUCCUUGACCAGUACCGUAUGUUUGAGCCCAAGUGCCUGGACACCUUCCCAAACCUGAAGGACUUCCUGGCCCGCUUUGAGGGCCUGAAGAGGAUCUCUGCCUACAUGAAGAGUAGCCGCUUCCUCCCAACACCUGUGUUUACUAAGAUAGCCAGGUGGGGCACGGAUUAGGCCCCUGCCAUGCUGGCACUCACAGGGAGGAUCUGUCCACACUGGGGAUUCCCCAAGCCUUGGGGACGGCUGGUUUACUGCUCUGCUACCUCCCUGUUCUCACUUCUCUCUCCUUCCCACUCCUUUCUCCAGCAUUGUCAGUCAGCCCCAUCUCCUCAGCCCUGACCUAGGCAGACCCAUGCAGUCUUCAUUCUCCACCUUCUUUCAUCACAACCCCCUCUCCAUUUGUGCCCUAACCCAACCUCACAGUCCUUUUCUGUGGUUUGAGGUCUGCCCUGAACUCACGCUUCUUAGAAUCACCCUAAAGGUCAAUACUGUCUCAGUGCCAGCCCAUUCCUGGUGGAGGAGCUGCCCCGGCCUGUCUCAUCUCCAAUAAAGCCCAAAACCCA